AAACAUCUGAAUCUUCUGUUCCCGGGCCGGGGGAGACCGCUGGGCGGGGACGCGAGGAGGGAGGGGGCGUCUGUGGGCGGGACCUCCCGGGAUUGGAGUGAAGGGGGUAUCUGCUUGACAGUGGAUCCCUGGGGAUCUAGGCUGAGUUCAGAAAUGCUCCAUCUCGGGCCGCCCCUGUCUGAGCGGAGCUUUGCGGCGCCGAAGCUCACAGGGGAAGCAGAAGCCCCGCCCGGCGUCUGAUUGGCGGAACCGCGCUGUAGGAUUCUUUCCGCAGGGAUCCAGUCUAGGGGAUCUGGUGGGAGGGAGGGUCGUCGAUGUGUGGAGUAUUGCUUUGGAGUCCUCAGCCACUCGCUAGGAGUGGAGGAGGAUCGCAGAGGGAUCCAGCGGAAAUAGCCUCCCAGGACCGGGAUCCCCGUAGAUCCCGGGGGAUUUCGGGGCAUAAUUUGCAGGGACAAAGGCUUCGAGAGGCUGGGACCGUAGGAGAACUGGGGCCGCUGCAGUCCGGGUUCUGGCAGCAGGUGCCGGGCAGGGCGCGAGUGAUCCGCUGAUCGAGGCGGUGGCGCUGGAGGACACCCACUCCGGGCGGCCGGCCGGGGGCGCCCUUUCGCGCCCCAGGGCUACGGUCGCUGGACUACGGGGAGUUUCGGGCGGACCAUGAAGGGCGGAGCCCCGGGGAAGGGGCUAGCCCUCACCCCCCGCUCCACCGCUCCCCCCUUGCCCCAGGCCUCAGCCUGGGAUUCCCCAGGGAACCCCCGGAGCCGCCGCUUCUCCCAUGGACUUGCCCGGGGACUCCAGCCCGCCUGGCCAGCCGCGUCUGUGCCGCCAGCCUCUGACUCGAGCAUUAUGGGGAGCCACGAGCCCGAAACGGCAGAGGCUGCAGCCCCCGGCAGCCCCUUCUCCCCUGGAAAAGGCCUCUCGGCGGGUCCUGGCCGUGGUGCUGGAAGAUGUCAUGGCUGUUCGAAUGAGACAGGGUCUUGCUAUGUUGCACAAGCUGGUCUCAAACUGGCAUCAAGAGAUCUUCCCAUCUCUGCCUCCCAAAGUGCUGGGAUUACAGGCAUGAGCCAUGGCGCCGGGCCGAAACUCUUCUGCUUUCAGCCCAGCCUCCUUAGGAAGCAGGCUGAGGUCCCCGUGGUGCCCCCGAAGGAGACCUCCAUCCCACGGCACCAGAGCUACCAUCAGGAUCCUGUCCACAGGCAGGCGCCUGCCUUGCCACCCCGGCAGGCCAUGUGGUCCUCGAAGGCCAGGCCUCCCGACCCUCUGCAUUUGUGCCGCGAGCCCUUGAGCCGAGUCCACCAGACCCCUUUCACCCUGAGGCAGCGAUCAAAGACAACCCCUGGCCCAGAGGAGGGCCCUUCACAAAAGGUGGACCGGGCCCCCCAGCCCACCCUGGUGGUGAUGCUGGAAGACAUCGCCAGUCCUAGACCCCCAGCUGAGGGCUUCAUUGAUGAGACCCCCAACUUCAUCAUCCCAGCACAAAGAGCUGAGCCCAUGAGGAUAGUUCACCAGCCAAUGCCUUCACUCGGGGACCUAGAACCCCCAUUCCAGCCAUCUACUCUGCCUGCAGACUCUCCGGAGAACCCAUCGUCGGCCCCAGAUCCUGCUCUGGAGCUCCCAUCCACCCCACCACCGUCCAGCCUUUUACGCCCCCGCCUCAGUCCCUGGGGCUUGGCCCCACUCUUCCGUUCUGUCCGUUCCAAGCUGGAGAGCUUUGCUGACAUCUUCCUCACGCCCAACAAAACCCCACAGCCCCCGCCCCCGUCCCCCCCCAUGAAGCUGGAGUUGAAGAUCGCCAUCUCAGAGGCCGAGCAGUCUGGGGCUGCGGAGGGCACUGCCUCUGUCAGCCCCCGGCCCCCCAUCCGCCAGUGGCGGGCUCAGGACCGCAAUAUCCCAGCACCUCUCCCUAAGCCCUCUCUGGGCCGAAGCUACUCCUGCCCUGAUCUGGGGCCCCCUGGCUCUGGUACCUGCACCUGGCCACCUGCUCCACCCCAACCAAGCCAGCCACGGCCACGGCGGCACACUGUGGGUGGUGGGGAAAUGGCCCGAACCCCGCCACCCCCUCGGCCCUGUCUCCGGAAAGAGGUCUUCCCUCUCGGAGGAGUGGGAGCCUCCCCUUCUCUCGCCACAUCUUGCUCGUCCACGGCAUCCACUUCCUCCUUCUCCGAACCAGCAGAACCCAGGUUGGGUUCAACCAAAGGGAAGGAGCCAAGAGCCUCAAAGGACCAGGUGCUUUCAGACCCUGAGACCAAGACCAUGGGAAAGGUUUCUGGAUUUAGAAUACGCAGAACACCAGCCCGCCCUCAGCUAAACCUUACACCAAUGGGACUGCCUCGACCAAUCAGGUUGAACAAGAAGGAGUUCAGCUUGGAGGAAAUCUAUACCAACAAGAAUUACCAGUCACCCACAACCAAGAGGACCUUUGAGACCAUCUUCGAGGAACCGCGGGAGCGCAAUGGGACUCUGAUUUUCACCAGCUCGAGGAAGCUCCGUCGGGCUGUGGAAUUUCGAGACAGCAGCCUUCCUCGAUCUCGACGGCCGUCCCGUGGGGUCCGGGCUGCAGGGGGCAGGACUGUUCCUCCCAAUGUGGCCCCCAGCCCUGAUGUGGGCUCCCUGUUGCAGCAGCGGCUGGAGGAGCUAGACGCCUUGCUUCUGGAGGAAGAAACUGUAGAUCGGGAGUAGCCCCAUUGGACCUAGGUGCUCCAUCUGUUUGUCAUCCAUCCUGAAGGGACGGGAAACCUCCCAGACCGUUAUUUUUUUUUCUCUAUAUUUCUAGUAAAGGUUUCGAUAUGUUUCUGA